AUGAGCUCACAAAAUGUUGACUCUCCGCCAAAAUCUAGCCAAGUUCAAAAAUCAAAAUCCGGUGUAAGAGCUGCUCUCGAGUUCACUGGAAUUCCACCAUCCUGGUUCGAGAAGCGUCCCAAACUUCCGUCCCGAAACUGGCUCAUAUUCCUCUCGGUGACCACCUCUAUUGUCUCAUACUAUGCUUAUGACCGCAGAGAGUGCAGACGUAUCCGUGACGAGUAUGCCUCACGCGUUGAGCAUCUUGCCAAGGACCCACUGGGUACUGCAGACCUGCCGCGCAAGGUCACCGUAUACGGCGCAAAAUGGCCUGGAGAUGAGGACCAUGAUAAGAGCUUGAGAUUCUUCAGGAAGUACGUUAAGCCAAUCCUUGUAGCGGCUGCCGUAGACUACGAGAUGGUUUCGGGGCGUCGGAGUGGUGACCUCGCCGACCGCAUCGCAGACGAGAUUAAGGCUCGUCGACGUGUUGAUGCAGGUGUCGAGCCUGUGUCCCAGAGCCCGAUUGUUUUGCCUAACCAGCCAUCUCUUGAGCAAAAACGCAAGCGAGAACUCGAGGGCGGUAUCGUCCUUGUCGGUCGGCACACUUUGAAAGAGUUCAUGUCGGGGCUCAAACGCGGUUGGACGGAGAGCAUGGGUCGCGCCGACCGGGAAGACAUGCUCGCUCAGGAACUGGCGUCGGAUGGCCGAUUUGAUGAGCCUGAGGAACUUGUCGUAGAUUCCGAUGGAGUGGAUGGGGAGCCCUUACCAACCCGUUCGCGCCUUCUACCUUCGCAGAACGCGGCAUUAUUCUCUCCCUUGCACAUUCCUUCUUCCAGUCCACCAAAAUCCACGCAGUCCGUUUCAAAUCUUCCGGCACAAUUGGACACACCACCAUCGACUAUACCAACCCUGCCAACGCUCCUUCUUGUCCCCUUCACAAAUCACAUCGGCUUCAGACAGGUUCCCCAUAUGUUAUGGGGAUUUUUUAAUGAGCGGCAUAAAGUCCGCGCUGGUUCUGAAGCAGCUUACUCUCUGAUAAUGAAUCACGUACGACCAUUUGCAGCACCAAACACGACAGUUGCUGCUUCAGAAGGUCCAUCGCAGUCGGACGGACGUCAAGGAGGAGACCUCGAUUUCGACCUUCCUGCCGAAUCCUAUUAUAAUGGAGCUUAUUCGCCGUCUGAAACGGAAAAGGCACGCAAAACGUACUACGACGCACUACCUGCAAAGCUAGCGACUGCACGCGCCUUAGCACGAGGUACCCGGGCCCCCACGAAGGAGGAGGAAAGCCAUCCCCCGCCAACAGAAGUAGAGCUGCGUGCGGAACGAUUGAAGAAGGAGAUGAGAUGGCGUGGAGACGAGGCUGGUUGGGAAAUCGUGAAACCCGGUCAGCCUGCGCAAUGGGACGAACGAUUGCCUGACGCCCUGCAGGUUUUCGACCAGCCUCGAGCAGACGACGUUGGUUGA